GAGGGUGAAGCUGCUGCUGAGGAGACAAAGAAGAGCAAUCACGUCUUGCGAAAACUGGAGAAACGUCAACAGGAUCGCAAGCUUGGCCCACAUGUUGAAGAGCAAUUUGGUAGUGGCCGCUUGCUAGCUGCAAUCUCUUCACGACCUGGCCAGUGUGGUCGUGCAGAUGGAUAUAUUUUGGAGGGCAAAGAGUUGGAGUUCUAUAUGAAGAAACUCCAGAGGAAGAAAGGAAAGGGUGCCAGUGGUACUGCUUAA